AGCUCAAAAACAAUUAGCAUCCAACCUCCAUUGCCCAGCUUCCUCGUCUGCUCCCAUUUCCAUCUCCUCUGCAGCUCUACCUGUGCAUUGGCGUUGGCGUCCAUGGAUAUCGCCAAGUCCCUGAUCUUGUGCACAGUCCUUGCGGCGUGCCUCGCGCUCGCCGCGGCCCAGGGCUCUCCCGGCACCGCCACGUUCUACGGUGGACCCGACGGCUCCGGCACCAUGGGUGGCGCCUGCGGGUACGACAACCUCUACAACGCCGGGUACGGCGUGCUCAACGCGGCGCUGAGCCAGACGCUGUUCAACGACGGCGCGUCAUGCGGGCAGUGCUACACCAUCACCUGCGACAGAUCACGCACCGGCGGACAGUACUGCAAGCCCGGCAACAGCAUCACCGUCACGGCCACCAACCUCUGCCCGGCCAACUACGCCCUGCCCAACGGCGGCUGGUGCGGCCCGGGGCGCCCUCACUUCGACAUGUCGCAGCCGGCGUGGGAGAACAUCGGAAUCUACCAGGCCGGCGUCAUCCCUGUCCUGUACCAGCAGGUCAAGUGCUCCCGCAGCGGCGGCGUGCGCUUCAGCCUCGCCGGCUCCAACUACUUCCUCCUCGUCAACAUCCAGAACCUCGCCGGAAGUGGCUCCGUGGGAGCCGCCUGGGUCAAGGGCGACAAAACGGGGUGGAUCCAGAUGUCCAGGAACUGGGGCGCCAACUGGCAGGCGCUCGCCGGGCUCGUCGGCCAGGGUCUCAGCUUCGCCGUGACCAGCACCGGCGGGCAGUACAUUCAGUUCCUCAACAUCGUGCCGGCGUGGUGGCAGUUCGGCCAGACCUUCUCCAACAACUACCAGAAUUUCGCCUACUGAAACUUUCAAGCAGGAGAGAUCGAGCGCUUGGUCUCAUUGGCCAUUUCUUGCAAUUCGGUCGUAUGGCGAGUACGCUCGUGAUUUUGACGGAGCUUGCUCAACUUGCCAUUGCAUUCUUGUUGAUGACCGCCUGGCUCCGACUGCACACUGCAGGAGAAAACGGCUGGCAUACGUGGAUUAUUUACCCUACACUGUAGAUACAGCAUAUUAUGCUAUUGUGUACUUGACAUCUUGAUAUACAUACAUACUAAAUUUAAAUCUGUUUCCGCA